AUGAACGAAGCAAUUCUCCCAGCACCAGCCAAGAGUUCGGGCGAGUCUGGCAACAUGGGCGUCAUGAAGUACCCGCCACUGCAAAAGAGGAAAAAGGCUGAGCUGCAUACCUCUGAAAUUGAACCGUGGAUCCGUGUGUUGAUAGACAACAUGGACACGGCACUCUACCCAGCAUCAACCGAGAUGGUGGCAAGAAAUUCUGGUUGGGACGAACCUGGCAACCUUAGAGGGGUCAUUAUGUACUUGCCGCCAAAAGGGAUGAUCAGACGCAAACUGCGUACGCAGAUUAAAAAUAUGGACGAUCGAGUGUUCGGCCAUCCGGUUGUGAUUCUAUUCAUGCGGCGGACAGAGGGCACGGAAACAGUCCGUAUUUUUCCGGUUAGUCGCUUCCGUUUCUUCUUGGGUUCAAGACACUGGCACUAUCAUGUGAUCCACUCCUUGGAGCCUGCGUCCCUGGUCAGACUGCCCAUGUUGACAGUAGGCUGCCCUUCAGAUUACCAGUUCCCGCGGGCCUUAUGA